AGUCAUGCUGGCUCAAACCGAUUUGGCUCAAGGCCAGUUCGGCCCAGGGCGCGGGAUCUUUCUCUCGGGCUUCCCCCCGGCGACGCCGCAUGGGGUGCCGGCGCAGCGCCUCGGCGCAGCCGCCGACUUCGGACGCGAGGCUUUGGCUCGCGCCGCCCUUGCCGCAGCAGCCACCGCUCGCAGGCCCCGGGCCGCGAGGCCCAGGUGCGCGCGGGAGGCGCGCCGCAUGGGCGCCCCCGCCGGCGACAGAGCCCACGCGCCGGAUCAGGCGCCCUCCGGGGCUCGCGUCUCUUGCGCUCCGUGAGGCGGCUGCGCGGGCUGCGCGCGCGCGGCCGGCGCUGCGCGCCCAGCUUGGCGUGGUGCGCAGGCGCGAGGCCCCCCCGAGCACGCCGCGCGAGAGUACGCCCACGCCGGAGCUAGCCGCCGACAGGGAGCGCGGUCCGCUCGCGGAGGACUCCGCCACCACCCCGUGCGAGGAGGGCUCCGCCACCACCGCGCGGGCGGACGGGCAGGGCCCGAGUCAGGGCUCCGGUGCCGCCGCUGACGUACCCCCACCCCUUCGCCGUGUGAGCGGGGGCGCUCUCUUCGACGGGGACCUCCAAGCCGGCUGCCGUAAUUAACCGAGCACCCUGAUGGCCCCCCUUCAUCUUCCUGCCGCCGCACACAUGUUUCUGCCUCCUCUCUCUGUCAUUCCUCGUCCCUUCCGCUCGUGCUCCGCCAUCUGGCGUGACAGCGCGUGCAUGCUGUUUCAAGGCAGCUUUCUCGCCGUGCUCCGUUGUGUGGUUCGGAUGAAGUGUUCAGUGGCUCAGUAGCGACAUGUACGCUGCAGGAGAAUUGUCUUGGACCUUUAGAGCACGAGGUCGCCUGCUACAAGACGACAUAUGCUGCAGCUGCUAUGCGGGCUGGUCGUCACCCAAAGUCGGGCCAUCCUUGAAGUCUUCACUAACUUUUGUACAGUAUAGUCCCGUGCUCCCAAGCCGAGCCGAGUGAAGAACGACAUCUAAUGCGACUGCUCGUGCUGUGCAGUGAUGGGAACGCCCGCUCGCUGUCCUCAUGUUGCUCCGCAAUGGUGGCAAUGCCCGCUGGCUGUCCUCAUGUUUAACUUGCCUGCAGUGGCUUCUUGGCAGGCGCACCCCUGGAUGACCAACUCUGUUUGCCCAGGGCCUGGUUAGCGUGCCAAGUGGACUGCGGUGAGAUUAGCGCGCCAACGAGGCUGCGGAAUUCGGGGCGCACACGCACGCAACUCGCAACUGUUGCAACAUUGGAUGGGAAACAAUCAGCUGGAACAUCAGUUCUAUGCACCGCCGGAACAUCAGUUGCGAGGUGGACCUCUUUGGGAGCAUCACGCUUGUCACUCAUGCUUGCCCUGACAUGUCUCGCUGAGCUGGUCAACGCAGCGUUGUGCGAGCAUGAACUUCCUUUCCUUGAUUGUUGGUAUGUGAUGCCCGCUUACAUGAAUGAUCGGUCGGAUCAUAAGAUUAAAUCGGGCGCGCCCCUCUACAGGAGGAAUGUUCAACAAUUCUAGACGCUUCGCGUAGCCCCACCAGCCCAUCCAGAAACGAUGCCC